ACAUGAGUGGGGGCCAACCCACGUCCUUGGUCUGGAAAAUAUCAAGGGGAGACGCACAUUGGCAUGAGGAAAGAGGGGAGAAAGUGUCUAGAGGCCAAAUGUGAUAGGAAAGGGGGUCCCUCUCCCAUAUUAUUGAUGAAUAAGCCAAAAUGGCUAUUCUCAAUCAUCCCAACUCAAUCAGCUCGGCCAACCUACUCAAAGAAGAGAGAUAAGGUCUUCCAAAACUCCAUUUUCAUCCACCAUUUUCGCACAAAAGCAAGGAGAGGAAGAAGGAAGGGAAAAGAGAAGAGAAGAGGGGAGGAUAGGGAGGAAAAGUUGAGAUUUACAAGGAACUUUCACGGAGUUGAAAGGGUCACCGGAAUUGUCGCCGGAGUUCGUUGAAGUUUGCCGGAGUUUCACCGGAGCUCAUUAAGGAAGGCUAGCACUUCAUAAGCUUCAUUUAAGGUUAAGGCUAGAGUCCUACUACCUGCACCUUUGCCUAGGGUGAUUGAUCAAGAAGGAAGACGUGGUUCGUGCUUCCAUUCUUAUUUCAAAUUUAUAAACUGCUCAUGGAUUUUCGAACAAUGUUUUCUUUAAAACAGUUGCGGGCCUGCGUGCCCGUGUUUGCCACGUGUGGCUAAGUAUCAAACAUAUUAUUAUUUCCGCAUUUGUUUGAUUAUGAUAUUGAUGUUGAUUGUAUGUGUUUACUAAUCGGUUUGGCAAUAGAAUCAAUCGGACACCUUGUACAAUUCAAUAGGGAUGAACUGUUGUUGUUCUUAUCGGGUUGUACGACGGUUGUCUACGUGGUCCGGAUGCGGUCAGGGGCGUGACAUUUAAUUAGACGCAAAAUAAUAAAAUUAUUAAAUCUAAAAAAACUAAAAAUAAAUUCUUGAAGUGAAUGAAGAGAAUUAAUUUUGGCGGAAGUGCAGUGAUAAUUACCGGCUGUGCAGUAAAGUCGUGCAUUAAUGUCGUGCAGUAAAAACAAUAUAAAUGUGUUAUGAAUAUUUUAUGAUGUCCAAUCUAAUUAAAUAUCUUUGUAUUUGUGUAGUUA